AUGGCGCUGAAAAUGGUAAUCAUGAGCCGGCGCGUAGCAGUAGUGACCUUUGUAGCGGCGGCCACCAUCGUUGUCCUUGUCAUCGCCUUGCUCAACACGCCGUUGAGAGCGGCCGCGCGGCGGAAGCAGGCGAUGCUGGCGGCGGACCUGCUGGCUGCGGCUGCUGCCGCCGUGCAGCCGCUCGUGACGGCGUGUUGGUUCCGUAACGUUGGCAGCGUCCGGGGCCUAACCAGCGGCGCGGCUGACGGAGUCAUGGCGGCGGCGGCGGCAAUAAUGGACAGAAAGGGCUGCUGGAAGAAGCCGUAG